GGGUAAAAAGAGGACAUAAACCGAGGAAAGAGGGAUGAUUCGCGAUUGCGCCGAAAGUUUGGUUCGUGCCAUGGGGGUUGCUAGGAUGUACCGUAUAUCGAGUGAUAGAGAAGUGGUAGGGGUAAGUUUGGGAUGCGCAAUGGCGAACGGCGCUGAAAGGGAUGUUGAACGGGGGUGGAAAACAGGAAUAGAGGAGGAAGAAAAGAAAGAAGAGGGCGAGAAGUAGGAUACAGGAGAGGAGGCUCACUCUGCGGCUCCCGCCGCUCGGGAGCAGACAAGCAGGGCCAAACUUAUUCAACUAUUUUGUUAAACAAAUUUGUAAAUAUAAAUCAUUCCUACAACUACUACUACUACUACUACUACUACUACUACUACUACUACUACUACCACUACUACUCUACUGUAAAAAGUAACUAUCCACUCCAAAAAUACAAAGAACAAAAAAGAAUGAAUUAAUUGUUAAUAAAAAUCAAACAAAGAAAAAAAAAAAAACAGAAAAAUACAAAACAAAACAAACAAAGAAGUCACUAUUUUCUGAAUUAUCAACAAAAUACACAACGAUACUCUUCUGACAUAAAUAUGUUUUAAAAGUUAAAACAAAAGGAAGAAAAUAUACUUGUAAACAAUACAAAACAAAGUUAAAAAUAAAAACGAAAAAACACAAGCAAACGCAAUUUUUUAUUUAAUAUAUGUGUGACCCUUACAUUGUUUUGUCCCUGAUUGGGACGGGUUCAGUGUUGUAACUUAGCAUAUAAGGAGAACAAAGUUCCGAAUCGUUGGAGAUACGUAAUUUCAACUUUGUGAAUAUCUCUUUUUUAUAUAAAAUAAAAUUCCUAAAGUAUAAGAAAAGAUUUCGGGGAGUGGAGAGGGAGGGAAAAGAGACGCAGGAGGCGAGAAAUCGGGAUAACAAAAUCGGAGAAAAUAAGAGAGGAAGAGAGAAAUAGAGAGCGAUAGAAAAGGGAGUAAGAUUAAGAACACAAAGUGAAGAUAACGAUAAUCGUUGUGGCUUUAAUUUUUUAUAAAAAGAAAAAAAGAAAAUUAAAUAAUAAAGCAAAUAAAAAGAAUAAAACUAAUAAAACAAAUCAAUCGAUUGAUGAAAGAUGCUGUAAAAAUUGACUAGUCUCCGUAAGCCCACGUGUAUCAUACACGUGUACCACGUGUGCGUGCUUAAUUGCUGAGUAACUGAAAAGAAAAACCGUCUCAAAUAUAAUAUAGUUGAAUGUACAGACACAUAAUAUUUCGACUGUAAUAUACCUGUAUCUACGAUCCAAUUGACUCUUGGACUUUUGAAAAUUUUUUCAUUUUUAAAUUUUCACUUCCUUCCAAAAACUUUGGAGUUGAAAUUCUCAAUCCGUUAAUUUUAGUUGGCUUCGGGGGGGUGAUUGAAAAAUUCUUCGAUUUGAAUAAUUUUUUCCAUACAUAAUAAAAGUUGGGUGUGCACGAAGGUUCCGGGGAUAUGCUCCCCUGGAAUUAUAGUUCAAAGCUAGAAUUAUUUCCUCUACUACGAUCAAGUGCAGUUAAACAAUUAAGUAUCCUAACCAGAGAUAUCGAGAAAAAUCACAAUUAUCGUUAUUCUAAUUCUUCUCCUUGUUCUUCUCUUUUUCCUAUUUCUUCUACUCCUUCUUCUUCUUCUACUUCUUCUACUUCUUCUUCUUCUUCUUCUUCUUAUUCUUCAUAUUCCACGUUUGACACAAGUGAAAAUCAUUUUGCUAAACCGGUCAUUGGUAUUAGAAUAUCCUGACCUAAGAGAAUUAAAAUAACAAACAAAAAUCAACAAAUAUUAUUUACGUAAAUAUCCAUAGUACUUAUAUAACGGAUACUAUAUGAUAUCAAAAAUAAUUUCGCGCGAUUACAUAAAAUUCUUCCGCUGCACGUGACGUGUAUUCUUAACGACUCACGCCACUUUAAACGUACGAACAAAUUUACCUAUUAUAUUUAUGAAAUAAGAAGCAUAAUCCUCGAAUUAUAAUUCACGAUUCCUUCUAAUCUUAUCCCCAACGGAAUUCAGGCUCGAGGAUGACCUCGGCGACUGUAACGAUCGGGGACUAGUUACGACUUCCGCUUUUCAAACUAUUUUCCUUUUGACCCACCAUAUAACAAGAACCUCGCGCGCCCGAGUACCGUAAAUUUUCAACCCUCAGUUCGUUCCAUAAAUUAUAAUAUAAUCCGCGUUCUGUUGGGUGAAUAAACUCGAAGAAAUAUAUCAAAGUAAAUAGACGAAUAAAUAAUUAAGAAGUUUUAAAUCGCAACAAAAAAAUAACUAACAAAUAAAAAUCUUAUCAAUCUUGAAAUCUUUUUCCCCGUCCUACGUAGUAAACGCAAUAGCAAUAGCAAAAAGAAAAAGAACAAAUUUCUUAGACACGUAUAAGUAAAUCAUUAUCGUCCGAGUGAUAACAACUGAAAACAAACAAAUUAAAUUAAAAUUAAAUAAAAGAAACCCAAAGAAAGACAAAAAUUUGCAACGAUGGCGGGAUACAAUCACGCUAACCCGCGUGCAGUUUACCACGGGAACUACCCGACGCCACUUGCCCCGAACGGUGACCCUAUAAAACUACCCGAGAAUUUAGAGACUCUACCGCGCGCAGAACAUUUUCCGACACAAAGGCACCGAUGGAACACAAACGAGGAAAUCGCGGCUAUUUUAAUAAGUUUUCAAAGACAUACGGAAUGGCAAAGUCGAGAGGUAAAAGUACGUCCGAGAAGUGGAUCGAUGCUUUUAUACUCGAGAAAAAAGGUGCGAUACCGGCGCGAUGGUUACUGCUGGAAGAAACGAAAAGACGGAAAAACAACACGUGAAGAUCAUAUGAAACUGAAAGUACAGGGUGUAGAAUGCAUCUACGGUUGUUACGUACAUUCGGCCAUACUUCCGACUUUUCAUCGGAGGUGUUACUGGCUAUUGCAAAAUCCCGACGUUGUACUAGUCCACUAUUUGAACGUUCCCUAUCCCGACGGGGACGCGAAAUUAGCCGCUCUACCGCCAUGCCUAGCGUUACCACCGGACAAAAAAGAGUGGACGAGGGACGAAUUGGCGUCGCAAUUGAGGCCCAUGUUUCUCGGCGGCGACGUCGAUUACGACGAUCCGAAUGCCUCGCAACAUUCUAAUCAUCCCGUCGACAUGAUCGUCACUCAGCUUCUCGAUAGGCAGAGAGCAUCCACAACACCUUCGACCGGUGGGGCGCAACUCGCACCGAGGAGACUCACACCGGACAACCAGGUGACCUCUACUACCGGAGGUCAACAGCCCUCCACAACAGCUCCAAACGCACCUAGGGUAUAUUCGCGACAUUCCCAUUCGGCUCAGAAUCAACAACCAGCACCUCUGGUUCUGAGUUUACAACAGAUACAAGGUGGAGCUGGUCUCCUGAUUCUGAACAGUCAACCCUAUCAUCAACAACAACAACAACAACAGCAACAACAGCAACAACAAUCGCAAAAUCAGAGAAUUGAAAUGAGACAGGUGACGGAGCAGCAGAUCGUUCAGCAGACCAGCGUUGACCGUGAACAGCAAACGCAGCAUGAACUCGACCCUCAGGAGACUAUCCAAAGAUCCGCGACACAAACACUGCCAGCGUCCAGUUCGGUCGUUACAGAUUUCGCCGAGACUUUGGAUCUCAGUCAGGAAGAUAUUCAGAGAACGUUGUCCGCCAAUAUGGUGCCUCCGUCACCUUCUCCGUCUCCGGCUGACGACAACGUCAUCAAUCCGAUGGAUUUCAUCGACUCGCCAGACGACGUUCUCGUUAAUUUGGAUGCCUUCGACGUAUUCGGCGACUUACCCGAGCUUCACGACUUCGAAACCGAGCCAACCAAGGCGAUUGAGAGAGGUAGAUCUGAUAACGAUACAACCUGCCAUCCCAAUACAGCUCACAUCGCUGAAUAUAGUCCUGAAUGGAGUUACACAGAAGGUGGUGUCAAGGUUUUGGUCGCCGGACCAUGGACGGGAGGAAGUGGGUCCCAAUCGUACUCGGUGCUGUUCGACGCAGAGCCGGUGGAAGCUUGUUUGGUACAACCUGGAGUAUUGCGUUGUAGAUGUCCAGCGCACGCUCCUGGUUUGGCCUCCCUUCAAGUCGCUUGUGACGGUUUCGUAGUAUCGGAUAGCGUAGCUUUCGAAUAUCGGCGGGCGCCAACAGCAGAACCGAGUCCGGAACGCGCUCUCCUCGACAGACUCGCGGACGUGGAAGCUCGUCUCCAGGGUCCUGGACCCCCGUCGCCGGCUGCGCACCUCGAGGAACGCCUCGUUGCCUACUGCCAAGAUGCCGUCGCUCGUCCUUGGCAAGCCGGGGCCGAGCCCCUGCAAUCGGGGGGACCCACGCUUUUGCAUCUAGCCGCUGGUCUGGGAUAUUCCCGAUUGGCUUGUGCACUUCUUCACUGGAGAGCCGAAAAUCCCAGCACGGUAUUGGAUGCUGAAGUCGAUGCGCUCAGGCAGGAUGGCAGCGGACUAACGCCACUCGCGUGGGCCUGUGCCGCCGGACAUGCCGAUACCGCGAGAAUAUUGUACAGGUGGAACGCCAUGGCGUUGAGAGUUAAAGACAAUCGGGGUAGAAGUGCGACCGAGAUAGCUUCGGGUAACGGUCAUACGAUGAUUGCGGACGAACUAAAUCAGUUAGAAGCUAGAAGACAGGACGAGGGGCUUUUCUUGCGGCCAGCGAGUCCUCGGCGACCUUCUCAAGACAGUGGCCUUGAUUUAGCUUUAUGUGGUUCUCCGCUGUUGGACAACAUGGAAUUAUUGCACGAGGACGAAACAUCGUUGAGUCUAGGCCAGCAGGGGAUGGAGAGCACUCCUAGUGCUCCCAACCCUCAAGAGACUGUAGGGGAAGAAGACGCCAAAGUACUUACAUUGGCUGAACAAAUUAUAGCAGCGCUUCCAGAACGAAUUAAACGUGGAGAUGGAGAACCACCUUCGCCAUCUUCACCUUCGUCGCCACCCCCUCCUUUGACACCAUUGGAAGAUGCCUUAAUGGAACAAAUGCCACUCGAUUCUGGAGAACUUUUUGAUUCCUACCGCGACUGUAGCGGUGGUGCAGCUUCUGUGUCGGAUGUCGAUGCCGAUGCCAGUCCAUCGAGUCCGUCGAGCAGUUGUUUGACCCCAGAUUCGCCUUCACCGCCUCCGACAACGGCUGAUUUCUGUGAAUUUUUACAACUCCAGUUACAGUUGGACGGAAAUAGUAGUCACAAUGGUCGUUACGGGUAUGAAAAUGGCGAUAGAAAUGUUGUUUUGGGGGGUGGAGUUUGCGUUGGUAGUGGAGGAGACGGUGAGGCUGAUUUGAGUAGAUUAACGUUAUCCGAUCGGGAACAACGGGAGUUGUAUCAAGCUGCUAGGAUGAUCCAGAAAGCAUAUAGAAGCUACAAAGGACGUCAAAGACAGGAAGAAGCUGAGCGACAUGCCGCAGUACUUAUACAACAAUAUUAUCGUCGAUAUAAACAGUACGCGUAUUACAGACAAGCCACUCGAGCGGCAUUGGUGAUUCAGAGUAACUACCGUAAUUACAGGGCGCGCCCUGGGUCAUCAUCCAGUUCGAGGCAACAGGCCGCGUAUCAACAGGCCGCUCAUCAAGCUGCUAGGAAAAUUCAGCAGUUCAUGAGACAAUCUAAAAUCAAACUGCAGAGCGCCAGGGCCGGCGCAAACGGGAACGCGAGGCAGCCGGCACUCAUUUCACAGGGGGCUGCUGCCCUCCAAAGCUCGCCCUCAUCUAGCCCAGGGACCAGCCUAGCAGCCGCGAAUCAAGAAACCACCUAGCUAAUUAUCACCUACCACCAAUAGCUGCUCCAAAUGGUUCUCUACAAAAACAAUGCCACCGUGUUUAGGGCAUUCCUCGUGGCAGGAUAUGGCAAACAAGCAGGUACCUGUAGCUUUUAAAAAGCUAAAAAUAUUUUUCAUUGUUUUUUUUUUUUCCAACUGAUUGGAUAUCACACUGUUCGUAAUCGAGUGUUCAAUAUCCGUAGAAAAAAAAAUAAUUAAUAACAAUGACAACGUCUUGCGCAGCAACUGUUUUCUCGUGAUACAAAAAUGACAAAUCACCUACUAUACAUUCUAUCAAAAAUAAUAAAAAAAAAUAAAAAAAAUAGUAAUAACCGUAAUGAUAACAAAGAAUUACACAUCGUGCUAAUGACUCCUCGAUUUUAAACAAAUUUUUUUCUCUUCUUUCCUUCUUUCGUCAUCAUUUUUUAUUAACAGCUAAUACGGAGUCGAAUUACAUGUAUACCUUUGAUACAGACUAUUUUUAAAAAUUAGCAGCGUAUUUUUGCCCACCAUUUUUUUUUUUUUUUUUUUCGUUACAACGUCAACUAUUAAUUAAUUUUUGAGACGAUCGCACGAUUUGCUAAAGUCGACAGAGAUAUAUAUGUAUAAUAUGGAAUGAAUACGGCCCACGAUGCCUUGUUUAAUGAAUAUUAAUAAAAAAAAAAAAACAAACAAACAAAAUGGUUCCUAAACGCAGGCAAAGACAGUAUCGAGAACUAAAAAAUGUUUGACGAAUGUCAUAAUGUUAUGAAAAUACGGGAUCCGGUUUUACUUUUAAGAACGGGUAUAUCGAAGCAUGUUACUGAUAACCAUGCGUGACACCUUAUAUCGUUUGAAAUACCAACGUCUAUUUGAAAAUUCAAAUAGAUGUAAUUGAAAGAACCGGUAUCUGUUGUACUUAAGUUGUUGUACUCGAAAAAAAGCAGGACAAGCUAAAGAAAAAGAUAAAGAAAAAUAACGCAUUCCUAAUUAGAGAAUAUAAUUCAUCGAGUAUUAAUUUAAUAUUAUGUAAUAAUGAACUCGGUAAGUUGUAUCUUCGCAAAAAAGAUCACGUCGAAAGUUGGUGAUUGAAAUGAACGUCAGAACGUUCUAUUAUUCUAUUAUUCGGAUACUUUUUUUCCACAGAAAGAAGAGAAGAAGUAACAUAUUUAUAAUAUUAAUAGAACAGCGAAGUAAAAUCAGCAACGUUCGCGUGUUGUAGAAGAAAAGAAUAAAUAACAUUUUUAAUAUCUAUCCUAUUACGUAAUAAUAUGAAUUUCAAUUUUCAAUUUUCAAAUCUACAUAUAAAUAAAAACAAAAAACAAAAAAAAAAAAAAAAUGAGA